AUGAGCGAAUACAUAAACCACUCACUCGACCACGAGUCUCGAGUGGCCAAUAUCUACGCUUCGGUCAUAACUAGUCUGACGGCGGUUACGGUGGUUGUUCUUGCCAGGAUCUACACCCGUGCUUUUAUCCUCAAAUCUUUCGGUCUUGAUGACUGGGCUGCCUUAAUAUCCCUACUAUUCACGCUCGCCUGUGGUAUUAUAGUUGGUGUCAAUGCCAAAUAUGGCUGUGGGAAGCACAUAUGGACAGUCAGCAACGCUGAUCUGCAGCAGUUUUACAUAAACUUCUACUUCAGCAUUGUUUUGUACAAUGUGUCUAUCCUUUUCACCAAGACAUCUUUCCUCUUGCAAUACUACCGCGUACUGGCCACCACCAGGUCGAUGAAGCGAUUGUACCUGGCCUUUCUUGUUCUUGUUGUCUCCACAUGCAUAGCCUUUCUCUUUGUGGCCAUGUUUGCUUGCACGCCGAUCUCGGACUUUUGGUCUUUUUCCGAGAAGAGAAACUGCCUGCCGAACUUUACCAUAUACUACGCUCAAGCUGGCGCAAAUAUUGGCACCGACGUUAUAAUUAUUGCUCUACCUUUGCCGGCACUUUGGAAACUGCGCAUCAACCAUGCCCAAAAACUGGGACUUUUGGGGAUUUUCUCCCUCGGCUUUUUCGGAACGAUUAUCUCGAUUCUGCGCCUCACAUUCCUCACCGACAGCCCGGAUGUGACGUGGAAUAAUGCCGUUUCAUCUUCGUGGUCAACGGCCGAAAUAUCGAUUGGGCUCAUGUGCGCCUCGUUGCCUUCAAUACGGCCCUUGGUUGGCAAAAUCCUGCCUCGCCUCGCCUCGACUUUUGGAAAAAGCACGUCACCGUCCAGUCGACCCUAUGGCGCCAACGGCAGUCAGUACGGCGCAAAGGCGAGCCAAGGCGACAGCAAGAUCCGGACUUUCUCCACAGCGACGUCUUCGAUGCGACCCCAAAAGACACGCAGUGUGUAUCCCGACCUCGAGGGUGACAUUAGCGUCGAAAGGCUGCACGUCGACGAUCAAGGCAUCAAGCCUCCUGGUAGCCCCGGGACCUUCCUUGACGAUAGCAGCGACCGCGGGGACUAUCCUAUGACCGAUUUUGGCACCAGCACCAAAAUUACAGCUGGCCAUUGA